GCGUCUACCAGUGUGUCGUACAGUCGGAACAUGAAGAAGCGCAAGCGUCAGCAGAGCUAAAGUUAGGCGAUGUAGCACCGAUGCUGCUCGAGACCUUUCUCGACCGACAGGUGGUGGAGAGUGGCGUCGGCAAUUCGGCCAUCUCUCUGCGUUGUGCAGCCAUUGGCACACCGUUGCCGCAAAUUCGCUGGUACCUGGACGACCAGCCCGUGCCCAAUUUGUCGCGCUACCGACUGGGCGACCACGUGACCAAUGAGGGCAAGGUGGUCAGCUACGUGAACAUCUCCAACAUUAGAGUCGUUGAUGGAGGAGAGUACUCCUGCGUGGCAACAAACGAGGUCGGCAAGGUGCACUACCGGGGAGUCGUUCUGGUGACUGGCGGACCCAAUCUGCGGACGACCUUCUGGGGACACCACAACCUGAGCGUGGUGGCGGGCGUGAGCACCGUCGUGCGCUGUCCGGUGAUCGCCUAUCCGAUUCAGGCGAUCAGCUGGCAGCACAAUGGCAACCAGCUGCCCACCAACCACCGCCAGACAAUUGACCCAAUUGUCGACGGGUACGGCGGAGUGCUGCGCAUCAGAGACGUCCACCCGGCGCAGGAUGGCGGCGACUAUGUCUGCUCGGUGAAGGUGCUCCCGCAGAACGGGGCCGAGGCGGUUCGGCCCGUGCGAGGCAGCGUUCAGCUGAGUGUGCACUACGCGCCAAAGAUUGACCGCCACACACUGCCGACGACGCUCAGCGCCAAGCAGGGUGACCGCAUCAAGUUGAUGUGCUCGGUGAUUGAGGGCGACCAGCCGGUGGAGAUCGCCUGGAUGAGGGCGGGAAGGGUGGUCAAGUCGUCGGAUAUGAUCACGGUGCAAAACGGAGAGGACUACUCGCUGCUCACCUUCAAGAGUGUUCUCAUCUCAGAUUCAGAUUUAUGGACUUGCCAAGCUCGCAACGCCUACGCCAGCGACAACAGCACCAUUGACAUUGAGGUGAACGUGCCGCCGAAGUGGACGAUAGAGCCAAAGAAUGCUCAGGUGAUACUAGGCAGAAGUAUCACCAUCAACUGCCAAGCAGAGGGCUUCCCCAAGCCAAAGAUCACCUGGAGAAAGUCCAUCAGCGGUCAGCAGUCUUCCUCUUCCUCACUGUUGUCAGCAGCGGCAGCAGCUGCGGUGAGCACAUUCACAAAUGAAGUUGUCCUCCAGGAGACAGGCGGCGGCAGUGGCAGUGAUAAGCAACUGUCUGGCAGCUCACAGUCACAUGACUUUCGGGACAUUCUCUCCAGCUACCGCUACCAGGUCUUCUCCAACGGGUCGCUGUACCUGCAGGAGGCAGAGGUGUCCGAUGGAGGGCUCUUUAUGUGUCACGUGGGCAACACCAUCGGCACCGACCUGAGCAAGGUCAUUCAGGUGGUGGUUCAGCAGCCACCGCGAGUAGAGAGCAAGUUUGCCAGCGAGACGGUGGUAAAGGGGGCGACGGCGACGCUGCAGUGUCGGGCCACGGGUGACCCGGUGCUGAGGGCAGAGUGGUACCGGGACAUGCAGCCACUGGAGCUGGCUGGUAGCGGUGGUGGAGGAAACAGUGGUGGCAACAACCAGCAGCGGUACAGUGUAAAGGAGGACACUGCUCGUGGCAGCAUCACCUCGUACCUGGAGAUUGCCGAUGCACGUCGACAGGACUCGGCGCUCUUCACCUGUCGUGUCUCAAAUCCCUUUGGCUCCGGAGAGAGCACCAAUAUUCAGUUGAUUGUUCAAGGUAAGUCUGCUGAUGGAGGAUAG